AUGUCGUUUUUCGGGUUUGAAACAGGGUUUCCGGGCCAAAAUAAGGGCUCCAAAGGAGACUCCCGAAAAAAGACUGGAACCCAUAAAAGCAAGGGUCCUGAUGCCGCAAUGGAUUUCGAAGACACGUACCGGGGCUUUGGAGGGUAUGAGAAGGAGGAAGACGAUUAUUUGAAUGACGAGACGUUCGGAAAUACUACCGAAAUGGGCGCAGAUUUCGAUUUUGGUUAUGGCAGGGGUGAAUUGGACGCUGUGGGCCAUACAAAUGCUGUAAAUCAGCAAAAUAUCAAUAUGAAUCGCUCUUACGCAUCUGCUGCUGCUUCUACUGGUCCUGAGGCAUCGGUUUCUGGCUAUCACGAUGAUGGCAUGGACUUCACUCCAAUGGAAUCGCUAUGGACGAACCAGGCUUUAGCCGUACCACCACAGCAGUAUCAGCAACAACACCAGGUCCUUUCAAUGGAAGAGAUCGAAAGAUUGCAACAGCAGCAGCAGUCCCAGCACUCGCAGCACGGUUAUGUCGGUGGCAUGCCUCCACCACCUCCUGUGGGAUAUGGCUACCCCCCACAACAUUUUAUGCCACAAGCUGGCUACCAGGGUAUUCCCCAGGGCUUACAUCAAGGCCCAUCUCAGGGAAUUCCCCAGGGCUUACCUCAGGGUAUGCCUCAAGGCAUUCCCCAAGGAUUACCACAAGGUCUUCCAAUCCCAAUGCCGGUGUCUUUGCCCAUGCCGGGCCUUCCCCAGCAAUAUCCCGAGCCCCCACACGUUUUGCAACAACAACAACCUGUUGCCGCAACGCAGCAAUCUGCCCAAUCUUCCUUCUUGGGACCUAGUGCUUCGCAGUCACCUGAUUUGAGCCAACUAUCAGCUACACCUCCUGCGCAAGCGCCUAUCACAAAGUCUCCCGCUUCAUCAGCCCCUGGUAUCUUUCCACAGGUUGCAAAGCCUGUAAGAUCAGCACCUAACUCUAGAGGCCAGAUUGUCGGAGAGCAAGACUCUCGUGAGAGUACUCCAAGAGGUAUUCGGCGUGGCUCAGUGCGUAAAGUUCAAGAGGCUUUAAGUCCAGAGGAAAUCAAAAAGCUUCAAGUUCGCCAGGCCAAGGUCGACAAAAUCCUGAGACACAGUGGUGUGAUGACUCCUAGAGACAAAGAUUUCAUCACUCGCUAUCAAUUGUCUCAAAUUGUCACGGACGAUCCUUACAACGAGGAUUUCUAUUUCCAGGUUUACAAGAUUAUUCAACGCGGCGGUAUCGUUGGUGAGUCCAACAAGGGCCUCAUUGCUCGUGCUUAUUUGGAACAUUCAGGCCACCGUUUGGGCGGUCGUUACAAGCGUGCCGACGUUGCUCUGCAAAGGAUGCAAAGUCAAGUUGAAAAGGCAGUAACUGUGGCGAAGGAAAGGCCACAUAAGAGCCGCGAAAACUUGGAUAGCGCCAAAGAAGGUGUCUUGGGAAAAAUCUCAUCUGUGAGAAAUAGUAAAGCCCCAAGAAGACAACUGCAAAUUCCCUUGCAGAAAGGUGAUGAAGAGGAGAUCGAAUCUUCAGCUAUCGAAGAUGUUGUGCAGAGUAUGAAUGGUGUUGAUCUUUCAUCCUCUUCAAAGGCUAGGAGACGUUCUUCUUACGCUUUCCGUUCCGUGGACCAGCGUGCCGUUCUCUCGCGUUCAGGCGGCAGAAAGUUCGUUUUGUCUUUAAUCGAAACAGUGUAUGCCGAAGUUUUGGAGUUGGAAGCGCAGCUAAGAAGUGGCAAGGAAACUGAUAGUACCGCUUUGUGGGAAGCACUACACAUUGCUGACGACGCUUACGAGGUCUCACCAUUCAUUUCUAUUUUGUCGUUCGACAAAGGUGUGAAGAUCAUGCCUCGCAUUUUUAAUUUCUUGAAUAAGGAACAGAAACUGAAGUUACUGUACUGUUUCUUCAGUGAAUUGUCGCACUUGAACAUCAUUGUUACAAGCUCGUACAAGACCAACCCAGAUCCAACGGACACACAGCUCAAAAAGCUAGAAUUGUUUCAAUCUGUUUUCCUCAAAAUUAUUGUGUCCUUCCUGUCAAGCUCCGCGGAAUUCGUUGAGGUAUUGGGGCUACUUUUGGCUUUGGUGAAAAAUAACAAUGUGUCUUUCAUUAGCACGUCUAAGAUCGGUCUAAAUCUCAUUACCGUCCUCAUAUCCCGUGCAGCUCUUAUCAAGCAGGACGUCAGCAGAGGAAACGUACUAUCUUCCAUGGAGGCUUCCUCGUGGAAUGAAAUUUAUGACAAACUAUUCACGUCUUUGGAAACCAAGCUUGCAAUAGUUUUCCCACCUGACGAAUAUACCUCCAAGGUUGUCGCUGCGUCCACUACUGGCACGCUCACAUCCGCCACCACUGGUCAAUCUGUGAAGCACCAAUUCUACGACCAGUCCUAUAUCUGGCAGUUUUUGGCAUCGUUGGCUCUCAGUGGUAAACUAAAUCACCAAAGGGUCAUUAUUGAUGAGAUCAGAGAGGAAAUUUUCGGAACCAUCAGCAGAGCGGAACAACUAGUGUCUUCCUCGCCUACAGAAGAGCAACAGAUUGCCUUGUACCAGCGUGAUAAACUUUACCAGGAUUUGAACUUGUUUUUGAACGUUAUGGGUUUGGUAGCCCGCGACGGAGAAAUUAGCGAGCUCAAAUAA